UAAAUAGACACUUGUGACAUCAAAUGACGUUAUAGUCAUUAUGGUUACAAGUUUUAAGCAAAUAUUUGUAGUUAAAUGAGAAUAAUUAAUGUUUUAUGUUCAUACCAUGCCAUCCCAAUCAUACAAUGUCUAAACUCAUUACUGGUGAGGUGACCACAGUGGCUAAAUGUAACUGUAAUGUCUUUAUAGUGCAGUAUGGUUCUCCAGAGCAUCAAGAACCGCACGAGGAGGAUCUUUCACCCUGCAGAACACAGUUAGCCUCAGGUUAUGUACUGUACCCAACUUGUCAAGGGCAGAGCAAAUGCAGAAGGGAUGGGGCAAGGAAGGAGAGAGUGAGACGGGGGAGGGAGGAAAGAUCAGACCUCCCCUUUAACCUGUGGCAGCAGAAGCAGCAUUCUUGAUCCAUGACAGUGAAACAGCAAGUGUUUGGUGUCCAUGAGUCUGUAAGAUUCAUCUGGAGGAUUCACCAUCCACGCUAAACUACCAGAUGCAAAGAGAUUAUUAUGAGGAAGCCAUUAGAUACUCUGGACCCUGCAAGGAAUCGGGGAGUAUAUUGUUCCUGUCAGGUUUAAGUAGAGUGGGUGUGUGAUCAUGUCCGGCACUCCAUAGAUUUCAGACCACCGGACCCCCGAGCUGCCUGUCAACCAUGGAUCCAACGUUCCCCAGUGUCAAACUGGGGUCAGAUUGCACCCCUCUGCAGCAGAACAGCAAGCGUCAUCGAGUGCAUCAUGUCAGGAGGAAACUACGUCCUUCUCGGAUUUUUGGCUUUAUCCUGAGCAUCUCUGCCCUCUCAUUGUUCCUGUCUUGGAGUGCCUUUACUUUCACUUUGGGCCCAUUCCCAAGAUGGACGCCACUCACCUCUCUCACCAACCAUGAUGGACUUGCAGAGCCAGUGCCACACAGAACUGUCCUAUCUUCCGACGAAGAGCACAAUGUUUCGGCAGAUGCGCCCAUUGCUAUGGCCUCGUCCAAUGAGCACAAGGGAGACUAUCCAGAGGAUCUUUUCACACUGGAGGAGAGGAGACAAGGUGCAGUCAUGCUGCAUAUGUUCGGCAUGAUGUACAUGUUCAUUGCCCUUGCUAUUGUCUGCGACGAGUUUUUUGUCCCUGCUCUCACUGUAAUCACAGAAAAACUGGAGAUCUCAGAUGACGUAGCGGGUGCCACCUUCAUGGCGGCUGGAGGCUCUGCUCCCGAGCUCUUCACCUCUGUGAUCGGUGUGUUCAUCUCACACAGCAACGUGGGCAUCGGGACCAUCGUGGGUUCUGCUGUCUUCAACAUCUUGUUCGUUAUUGGGAUGUGUGCUAUAUUUUCCCGCGAGAUCCUCAAUCUCACCUGGUGGCCUCUGUUCAGAGAUGUCACCUUUUAUAUCAUUGGACUAAUUAUGCUUAUUGUUUUCUUCCUGGAUAACUACAUUACCUAUGUGGAGAGCAUUGGACUGUUACUCUGUUACGCAAGCUAUGUCACUUUUAUGAAGUACAACAUGACUGUAGAGACUGUGAUCAAGACUAAAUUACUCAGGAAUCAAGUGGACAGUAUUGAAGCUCCUCCUAAGGUUAUCCGUGCAGCAGAUGAUGAUAAUAAACUCUCGGCUAAACCCCGCCUCCAGAGAGGAGGAAGCUCCGCCUCCCUCCACAACACCCUCAUGAGAAACAGCAUCUUCCAGCUAAUGAUUCACACUCUCGAUCCUCUCAGCGACGGGAGAUUCAAGGAGAAGGCAUCAAUUCUACACAAGAUUGCAAGAAAAAAGGGACAAGAUGAGGCAAAUGGUGUUGUUGACAAGAAUCUUCCCAACAGCACUAAUGUGGAGGUUGAAGUCACUCCACCUAUGAAUGGCAGUGCUGGAGCUGAGGCUGAGGAGGAGGAAGAUGAAGACCAGCCUCUGAGCUUGGCUUGGCCAGACACACCGAGGAAGCAAGCAACAUACCUCUUCAUCUUCCCCAUCGUCUUUCCAUUGUGGCUGUCGCUGCCAGAUGUCCGCAGAGAUACAUCAAAAAAGUUCUUUCCAAUCACAUUUUUGGGAUCUAUUUCUUGGAUUGCUGUUUUCUCUUACCUGAUGGUCUGGUGGGCUCAUCAGGUUGGUGAGACUAUUGGAAUCACAGAAGAGAUCAUGGGUUUGACUAUUCUAGCGGCUGGUACCUCCAUUCCUGAUCUCAUCACCAGUGUUAUUGUCGCUCGAAAGGGUCUCGGCGACAUGGCCGUCUCCAGCUCAGUCGGCUCCAACAUAUUUGACAUCACUGUGGGCCUGCCUUUUCCGUGGCUUCUCUUUUCACUCCUGAACGACCUGACUCCAGUGGCCGUGAGCAGCAACGGCCUGUUCUGCGCCAUCGUUCUGCUCUUCCUCAUGCUCCUCUUCGUCAUCAUCUCCAUCGCUGUGUGCAAGUGGAAGAUGAGCAAGCUGCUGGGUUUCCUCAUGUUCCUGCUCUACUUUGUGUUCCUGGUGGUCAGCGUAAUGCUGGAGGACAAGAUCAUCAUCUGCCCGGUCUCCAUUUGAUUCCUUUAUUGUGCACGCCGUUGUUCUUUUUCUGGGAACAGACCCUUAUUUAUUGGGCACCGAAUGAUAACAUGAGAGCUUGACCGCAGCUGCGCUGUGGCACUGCAUCUUUAUAUCCACUGAAGUCUGAGUAGCAGUGCUUUCCAAGCAGUAGUUUGUUUUGGGAAAGUAGUGCAAUAUUCUGCAUGCACUCUCAAAAGCAGUACAUAUAGACUUGAUGUACUGUAGAUUUUAGCCAUUUCUAAUACGCUGUAUGAAGAGGAUGGACUUUAAGAGUAAGCAGACACAACAUCCAGUGAGGAGGUGGACAUCUAUGGGGAAUGUCCACAGACUCGGGAAAAGACCUUUGGUGAAAAUAUGCAAUAAUAAAUCAAUCACGAUCCUGGUACUGUACUUUAAAGCUCAUGAUAUCAUAAGCCUUGUGUUGCACAAUAACUUUAAAAGAAAGACGAAACAAAGCUUUAUAUUUGCUUUGCCUGAAUGCUGGCCCUUUCUGAUUGUUACUUGAGCAUUUUCAUUCUGAGUAUAUCAUUUCUUUUAUUGAAUAGGCUUGUAGACAUAGUCAGAAGUCUAUUCUUAACCAAAUUUUUAGGACUAAAUUUAAGAUUUAUGUUGCUGAAUUGCAUAUAAAACUUCUGUACAUUUAGAUGACAAAGUUUUAACAAACUAAUAAACUUAAAUUAUAGGUUAAUUAAAACGGCAACAAACAAAAAAAAAUAUUUGUGUUACUUGAAAUAAAAUAUGAAACAUUUCUCAUUUUCAUUUAAUUUAACUUGAUGUACUUAAAUAACCAAAACUAAAAUUGUAAUUAAAAGUAAUAAAACCUAUAUAGACUUUUUUUUUAAAUGACAAAAAACACAACACAAUUCCUAAAAUAUUAAAAAUAAAAUGAAAAUGUAAAAUACAAAAAUAACUAAUUCAAAAUAUUAAAAACACUAAUACUAUCACAAUGGUACUAAAAUAACACUGAUGCAUGUUUGUCAUUGAUACGUAAAUGAAACAGGUAAGAUUUCUGUAAUAGUACGAACACACAAUAACCAGGUUUUUAUAUUUAUCAAUCCAAUUUGUUUCAGUCUCAAUCUCAAACUAACUGAAUAUUGCUUGUUCCAUAGCUAUCAUAUUUUAACCAUGCCCAUGCCUGAGUAAAUUGAAUUUGAGUAAAGGCAUUUUAAAAAUUGUUGUUUUAAAUCAAAUAGAAGCAAACAUUUAUUUUGAGUGCAGAAAUCUAACCUGUUUCUUUUCAUUCAUGUCUGAUGGGCAAAUGUGCAUUACAUUCAUUAGUUCAUGUUAAAACUCUGUAGUUUUUAUAUGCAAUGUCAAUACAUAAAUCUUAAAUUUAGGCCCAAUAUUUUGUUUAAAGUCUAGAACUGCAAAUAAUCAGUAUCCAACUCAAAGAUUUGGAGUGCUCGCUGUACUAUUGAAUAUAAUUAACCACAUUAAUUGUUAUUUGUAAAUGCGAUAUUUUAUAUGUUUAUUCUCUGGGACUGAUGUUCAAUUUGGUGUGAUUCGUUUGGCAAAAUCCAAUAAAUAGAAUGAAUAGUGCAAGACAUUCUCUGCUUAUAGAUGAGAACCAGUUAUCACUCUCUUUAUCAGUUACAGCAAAAGCUGUCAUUUCUUGAGCUAAAGGGUGUCUUCAUCAUCAUCAUCUUCUUCAUCAUCUGUCUAGACUGCAGGGUUCAUGAACUUUGACAGACUCCACUGUUAUCAGAGCUGCCAGCUGGUGUUAAUGUGAGCAGAUAGUCUUAAAUCAUUUCGGAUGAUGGAAUGAAAUUUGGAAUUGAACGUUCUAAAGGAAUGGAGCACCCAACAGCUUUGCAGUUGACUGGUAUUCUUAGUUAAAUACAUAUGUAUCUAUCCAUUCAUUAUUUCUGUGUAUUUACAUGAGUGAUGGACAAAAUAAAAUUAUUUCUAAACUUA